AAACGCGACCAAGUAUCCAGCCUCAGUAUCACAAAUACCAACAACACGUCAACAUGCUCUGUGCAAUCUCUGGAGAAGCUCCCCGCGAGCCUGUUGCCUCGCGCAAGUCGGGCAAUAUCUUCGAGAAGCGUCUGAUUGAAGCGCACAUUGCAGAACACCACACCGACCCGGUUACGGGAGAAGACCUGGCGACCGAGGACCUCAUCGAGCUCAAGUCGCCCAAUGUCGUGACUCCACGCGCGCCCAACUUUACCUCGAUACCUGCCAUGCUCAGUGCCUUCCAAAAUGAAUGGGACGCCCUGGUACUAGAGACACAUACGCUCAAGCAGCACCUGGCGCAAACGAGGCAAGAGCUGAGCACCGCCCUGUACCAGAAUGACGCCGCCACACGGGUAAUUGCACGGAUAACAAAAGAGCGGGACGAAGCGCGCGAGGCUUUGUCAAAUGUCACCAUCAGCGGAGGCGCCCAGGGCGAUGCCAUGCAAGUCGAUAACCAGGGCCUGCCUCAGGAUCUGAUCAAGGUGGUUGACGACACACAGCAAGAAUUGUUUGGUUCGCGCCGAAAACGAGCUGUACCAGCAGGCUGGGCCACCGGUGAAGUCAUCACCAACUACGACCUGGUCAAGACAACAGAGGCUAUAUACCCAGGUAGCAGCAACAUUGCUGUACAAGAAGACGGUCUGGUCUUGUUUGGUGGAUCAGACGGGACAGCUGGCAUCUAUGCGCUGGCCGAGGGCAAGGUUACACAGACCUUCAACGCUGGUAGCGCCAUCACAGCAGCAGCUUGGUGUGGAGGCCGUGCAGUUGUUGGAACAUCGGCUGGUGUGGCCAAGAUUUUCGAGCAGGGUAACGAGGUUGCUCAAGUAGCAUCGCAUGCUGGAGCUGUUACGUCCAUUUCCGUCCACCCCAGCGGAAAAAUGCUCGCAACAGCGGGCGCGGACAAGCACUAUGCUGUCCACGAGCUUACUUCUUUCAAGACUGUGUCCCAGGUGUACGUCGAAGCGGAGAUUACCUGCGUUGCAUUCCACGUCGACGGUAUGCUCUUCUUUGUCGGCAGCUCCGAUGGCAACAUCCGCAUCUACGACAUUAAGACUGGCGCUGCUAUGGCCCAGCUAGAAACAGGUGGCCCGAUCGUGGACCUCAAGUUUGCUGAAAAUGGCACUUGGUUCGCUGUUGCACAGCAAGGCUCUACCAGCGUCUCUGUUUGGGAUAUCCGGAAGCAAGCAGUCAUUUACACACUCGAGUCCGGAAGCCCAGUCACGUGCUGUGAAUGGGACUACAGCGGCAUGUAUCUGGCGAUUGGUGGCACUGGUAGCGUGUCGGUGCAGCAGUUCACAAAGGCAACCAAGAGCUGGGCCGAACUUGUGAGGAAGGCACUGCCAGCCAAGGAUGUUACAUGGAGUGGAAAGGCCGAGAGCGUGGUGGCUCUGACACCAGAGGGUGGCUUGGCGGUAUUGGCUGCUCCUUAGGCUAGGACGCAGCACUGAUUGAACUUGUAAUACUAUAAGCUCACAGACAACUGGAGCGCUAUUUUUGGAAAGACAUGUUGGUUGAGAGCAACAAGUGCAACGGAUGAAAAGCCGAGGAAUCGUAAGCAAAUGUCAGAGACCUUUGGGCUGAACUGCUUCAGUAGGUUGUGGAAGAGUGCCGGUUGGCUUAGAAUGGUUGAAGCAUCAACGAAGGCGGCCAGCGUCGGGGCGACCAUGUUCCUGGUCAAAAGAAAAACAUUAAGGCGCAAACUGGGUUGUAGUGAUAAUGCAAAUGUGAGGUCUGCUUGCCUCAGCUUAGCAAUCAAGAAGGCAUUUCCG